CUCAAAUUCCCAAUGAAAAGAGCCUUAUUUGUGGCCGAGAAGAAUGACGUGGCAAAGGGAGUCGCUGCGAUUUUAUCAAAUGGAACAGCGAAUCGACGAGAGGGGCGGAGCAAGUUUAACAAGAUUUACACGUUGAAUACCGAGCUUUUUGGACAGCAAACCGCAAUUUCGGUGACAAGUGUUUCGGGACAUAUGAUGAAUUUCCAAUUUCACGAGAAUAUGUCGAAUUGGCAAACGGCGUCGAUGGUCGAGUUGUUUCGAGCUCCGGUUCGGCAUGUUGUCACACCAGAGAUGAAGCUCAUCGAGCAGACAUUAAGAGAACAAGCCCAACGACACGAUAUCCUGGUAGUCUGGACAGAUUGCGAUCGAGAAGGUGAAGCAAUUGGCGCUGAAAUUGUUAAAGUUUGCAGAGAUAGCAACCGGCGGCUGGAUAUUUUCAGAGCGAGAUUCUCCGAAAUCACAAAAGCAGCCAUCACACGAGCAGCUCGGAAUCUCAUCCGACUCGACGAGAAGACCGUUGCCGCAGUUGAUUGUCGAAGUGAAUUGGAUCUUCGAAUUGGAUCCGCUUUUACAAGACUACAGACGUUGCAUUUAAGGAAUCGAUUCAGAGAUUUACUGGGGCAAAAUGACACAUCCCAAGUGAUCAGCUAUGGCUCCUGUCAAUUCCCAACACUCGGCUUUGUCACAGAUCGUUAUAAAAUGAUUGAGAACUUUGUGUCCGAACCAUUCUGGAAGCUGAUCGUGGAGCACACCCGGGAGAGCCAUAAAGUCGAAUUUCUAUGGGAUCGGAAUCGACUUUUCGAUCGAGACACUGUAGAUAUUCUUCAUGAUGAGUGUAAAGAAACCAAGGAAGCUCAUGUUGAAAAAGUGGCGAAGAAGCCGAAGAGCAAGUGGAGACCGCAGGCUUUGGAUACGGUUGAACUGGAAAAGCUGGGAAUCUCGAAGCUUAGAAUGUCGGCUAAGCAGACAAUGCAAGUGGCUGAGAAGUUGUAUAGCAAGGGAUUUAUUUCGUAUCCGAGGACUGAGACGAACAAGUUUCCGGCUGGAUUAAACUUGACACCGUUGGUGCAGCAGCAGACACAAUCGAAUAUUUGGGGAGAUUUUGCUAAUGAGGUUCUACAAAACGGUGUAAAUCCGAGAAACGGACGAAAAAGCGACGAAGCCCAUCCACCGAUUCAUCCACUCAAAUUCACUGAAAAACACCAGUUACAAGGAGACGAUUGGAAAGUCUAUGAGCUCGUUGUUCGUCAUUUUUUGGCGUGUGUCUCCCAGGAUGCUCAAGGCGAAGAAACAAUGGUUAAUUUAACAGUUGGAACCGAGAAAUUCCAUGCUUCAGGCCUUCGAAUUAGAGAUAUGGGAUAUUUGAAAGUGUAUGUCUAUGAGAAAUGGGGUAAUCGACUUUUGCCAACUUACACGGAAGGAGAACGAUUCACUGAUUUUGAGCUGAAAAUUGGAGAUGGAAAAACACAGGCGCCGGAUUUUUUGACUGAAGCGGAUUUAAUCUCACUAAUGGACAAAUACGGAAUUGGAACCGACGCAACACACGCCGAACACAUUGAGAAAAUCAAGACACGAGAAUAUAUUGGAGUACGUCCAGAUGGAAAAUUAAUUCCAUCAUUCCUCGGUCUGGCACUUGUCGACGGUUAUGAUGAUAUGGGCUUUGCAAUGAGUAAGCCCGAUUUACGAGCCAAUUUGGAAAUCGGCCUGAAAGAAAUUUGCGACGGUCGACGACAGAAACAAGAAGUUUUGGAUGAGCAAAUCGGCAAAUAUCGAGCCAUUUUUGUAGAGUCUGAACGCAAAAUUGGCGUGCUCUCGCAAAGUUUGCAACGAUAUUUGGACAAGAAUAAUCAGGCUGGCGGAGGGCCUGGAGGGCCUGGAGGCGGUGGAGGCCCACCAAGAGGACCUGGAGGUGGUGGUGGGGGAGGCCCUACAGGCCCGCCGGCUCCUCCAAAGCCGCCUGCAAAACCACGUGGCAGGCCACCCAGAAAAUCGAUAAGCCCAGCAGUGAAGAAUGGGCAUGAUGAUCCGGAAAAUGAUACGAUAGUAACACUGAGCGAGGUGUUCGGCAGUAUGUCCAACCCGAAACCAGCCAGAAAACCACGUGCUCCACGAAAAAGUGCUGCUCCAAAAGAACAGGAAGAGGAAGAGGAAGUGUUCUGCCAGUGCCCGGAGCCGAUGAGAGCCGUCACGAAAGUGGUGCAGAAGGAGGGUCCGAAUAAGGGAAAAAAGUUCUAUACAUGCUCGUUACCGUAUACAUCGUCUGAAAAAUGUAAUUUCUUUAAAUGGGCUUGAUUUUGUUGUUGAAUUUUCACUUUUUUUUUCACUUUUUGAAUGCUAUUGUACCGGUAUUUUUUUUGUCUUUUUUUUGGGAAUUAAUAUUUAUAAAUCUGAU